AUGGUAGGCCUGUCAGUCACUUCUCUUCUCACUGCGGUUGAAUCUACCGUUACAUCGACUGCUCUCCCCACUAUCUCGCGCGAUCUACAUGCGGGAGUGUAUAACAUCUGGUUUGCAAGUGCAGUCUUUCUGUUGAGGUUGGUCCCCGCUUCGCCCUCAUCAUUUACAGACCGAAUAACCAUGGCCUUGUCAGCACCGCGUUUCAACCGCUUUACGGACAGCUUGCCGACGUUUUUGGUCAACGAUGGCCCCGCUGUCGCCCUGCCUGCUUCGGGAAGUGGCAUCAGCGGUGGUGCGAGCUCAUCUCGGAAGCGCCAAUCUGCUGGUCAAUAUUGCCUUCUGUUACCUUAUUACUUUGCACCAACGAGUGCAAGUGACAGCGCUUAUCUUCAUAGUGUUUCGGUGAGCUCCUCCAUCGGACCCUUCAUCGGAGGCGCUCUCACGCAGCACGUCACCUAG